UGCUGCUGGCUCAGCACAUGCUGCCAGGGGGGUGGCCAGGCCAGAGCACAGCCAGUGUUCAGCAAUGCAGGCCAGCGGUGACACCGAGGAGCCCCCACUGCCUCUGGCACUGAGCAGGUUUCAGGUCUCCGAGGAGUUUGGCUUCCUGCUUCCCGAUCCUCUGGUAGGAGCUGGCUGUGCCUCCCCAUCCGCAUGCCACAGGAAAAUAGAGGGGUUGACAGAGCUGCCAGCACCCUACGGCCCCUGGAUGGACAUCGCCCAUGAGCUGCCCCAGCUGAUCGCGAGCCAUCAGCUCCGCUCACGCGUUCACCAGAUGCCGCAGCUGAGCUCCCAGCACCUCCGAGGACGUGAGGAGCUGCACUUGGCACACUUGGUGCUCAGCUUCAUCACCAUGGGCUACGUCUGGCAGGAGGGAGAGGAGGGCACCGUGCAGGUCCUGCCCCGAAAUCUCGCUGUCCCCUACUGGGAGGUGUCACAGGCCCUGGGGCUCCCGCCCAUCCUCAGCCACGCAGACUUUGUGUUGGCCAACUGGAGGAGGAAGGACCCCAACGGGCCUCUGGAAAUUGAGAACCUGGACACGAUCAUCACCCUGCCUGGUGGAGAGAGCCUGCAGGGCUUCAUCCUUGUCACCCUGCUUGUUGAGAAGGCAGCUGUGCCUGGCAUUAAGGCAAUCAGCCGGGCCCUUGGUGCCAUCCUGCAGGGCGAUGAGGAGACCCUGCACAGAGCCUUGGAGGAGCUGGCAGGGGCCAUUGAGGCCAUGAGAGAGGCGCUGAGGCAGAUGCAUGACCAUGUGGAUCCAGAAGUGUUCUACUCUGAGAUCCGGAUCUUCCUCUCUGGCUGGAAGGACAACCCUGCCAUGCCACAUGGGCUCAUCUACGAGGGGGUGUCCCCGGAGCCCUUGGCGUACUCGGGGGGCAGCGCGGCGCAGAGCUCGGUCCUGCACGCCUUUGAUGAGCUCCUGGGGAUCUGCCACCGCCAGGACUGUGCUGCCUUCCUGCACAGGAUGAGGGACUACAUGCCCCCGCCCCACAGAGCCUUUGUGGAGGAGAUCCGGGGUGCCGUGUCCCUGAAGCAGCAUGUGCUGUCCUCGGGGGAUGAGCGGCUCCGAGCCGCCUUCAAUCGCUGCGUGUCUGCGCUGACAGACUUCAGGUCCUACCACAUCAGCAUCGUCACCAAGUACAUCGCCACCGCGGCGGCCAAAGCCAGGGCCAGGCGGGCACAGCCGUGUGCCAGCGCCGGCCCCGCGCUGGGAAAGCCCCCGUCUGCCCUGGAGGCUAAAGGAACCGGCGGCUCCCACAUCUUCAGCUUCCUGAAGAGCAUCAGGGACACCACCAGGGAGGGGAUGAUAAGUGCCUGACCUAGCCCGAGGGU